GCUGAUCAGCGGAUCGGGCGUCUUUAUGCAAAAAAGAAAUAAAAAGGAACAAUGGUGACCGUUCGAUUCACUCGGUUGGCGGAGUGUAAAAGGGUCGCUUGUUGGGGCACGUCACUACUGACCCAGGGGCGGGGUUUUAAAAGAAAACGUAAACAUGGAACGAGCCCUAGACUGUCAAUUUCUCCCAGCACCCGUGUGUUUUUUUGUCGAUUUUUUUUUCUCCACCCCCUCUUUUUUUUCAAAGUUCUUCCCCCACUCUGACCAUGUUGGCUGCAUCCCGCAGAGCUCUUACGUCUCUUCCUACCACUGCCGCCAAGGCUUCGUAUGCCACCGCCGCCGCCACUCAAGGCGUUCAAAUCAGCACCGCCAAGAACGGCAUCAAGGUUGCUUCUAUUGAAGAACCCGGUCAGACUGCCGGUUUGGCCGUCGUCGUCAACGGUGGUUCGCGCCUCGAAAACGACAAACAUCCCGGUGUCGCUCAUUACUUGAAGAACUACGGUUUCAAGAACAAUGCCAACCGCACUGCUUUCCGUAUCGCUCGUGAAGCCGAACUUGCUGGUGCCAUCUUGUCUUCCAACUUGUCUCACGAAUCGAUUGUCUACGCUUCUGAAUUCUUGAGCGGUGAUGCUGAGCAAUUCGCCGAGAUUGUUGGAGAUGUUGUUUCCAAGCAGAAGUUCCAGGAUCACGAAUUCGUCGACGUCCGUAAGCAGACUCUUGCCGAAUCCGCCAACGCUUUCGCCACUUGUGAAAUUGCUACUAUUGAAGCUGCUCACAAGGCCGCUUUCCGCAAGGGUUUGGGUAACUCCAUCUUUGCCAAGCCCAGUGCUCACAUUGAUAAUGCGGCUGUCAAGGCCUAUGCCAACGAACUUUUCCUCCAGAACAACGUGGCCCUUGUUGGCUCCGGUAUCGAACACGGUGAAUUGGAAAGACUCGCCGAAACCUACUUCAACCUCCCUGCCGGUGAAGCUCCCCUUCAGGCUUCCAAGUACCACGGUGGUGAGACUCGCAUUGAGUCUGUUACUGACAAGGGCAGCUACGUCAUUGCCUUUGAAGGUGCUCCUUUGAACUCGGCUGAAUACGCCGCUGCUCAGGUCCUCCGGUACGCUCUCGGUGGCGAACAGACCAUCAAGUUCCAUCCCAGCUCUGGUUUGUUGGCUCAAGCCGCUAGCAAGUUCAGCGACGCCACCCAAUUGAAGGCUUUCAACUUUGGUUAUUCGGAUGCUGGUCUCUUCGGUGUCUACGUUUCCGCUCCCGCUGCUGAUGCUUCGGCUGCCACUGCUGCUGCCGCUGAACAGUUGAGCGCUGUGGCCAAGGGUCUUUCACAGGAAGAGCUCGCAAGAGCUAUUGCACAAGCCAAAUUCGCCGCCGUGGCUAAUGUCGAAACUCGUCUUGACCGUCUUGAAUCCGUCGGUGUUCAGGCCCUUCAAUCCGGCAAGUAUACCACUGCAUCUGAACUUGCUGCUGUGUAUGGUAAAUUGUCCGCUGCCGAUGUUGCCAAGGUAAAGAAUUGGAAAUUGUAGGAUAAGGAUCAAGCGUUCUUCUUUUACUAACGUGGAUGCGUUUUCAAACAGUUUGCCGAAAAGUUGUUGAAGAGCAAGGCUACUCACGUCGCUUACGGUCAAAUCGACCGCCUUCCCUACGCUGACUCUCUUUCUCUUUAAAUGAAUGGUUCCCUUAUUUUGAGUUAAACAAAGGAAAAAAAGACUAAGAAAAAGAGCUCUAUGAUUGCCAAUUACCUAUCCUUUUUUUUAUCUCUCUUUUUUUUUAUAAUUUUUUCUUUUAUAUAAAUAGAUUCUACACAUACAUAGUGCAAAAGCAACAUAAAAAAAAGGACGUCCAUUCAUCAAGGGGGAACUGGCACAAGAAUCCAUGCAUUCAUCGAUUAUUGAUAUCGAGUGAAUGCA